UAAUUGACAAAACAUCGAUUUAUUUUGAGCAUAUCUAUCUGUGGUCAGAUGUAAAUAAAUCUAAAAACGUGCGAAAUUUGCGUAAAUUUGUAUUAUAUUUUAACGUAAUAAUGGCCUUAUCUGCAUUAGAGAAAAAAGAUAAUGCAAAAGAGUUGCAGAAGAAAUUGGACAGAAACAAAGGUGAAGAUUCUAGUGAAGAAGACCCAGAACAGGAUGAAGAAGGUAACACCGGUUGGGCCAACUGUAUUGCAAAAGUAUUAAACACAUCUAAACCGAAAACAAAGAAAACAUUGGUGCUGUCUAGGGCAAAAAAACUUAAACCGGGUGAUAAGUCAAAAUCAAAAAAUUUAGAUUAUGGAUUUGAAGUUGAUGGAGAAGAGGCGAAUGAGAAAAUUGUGAAAAAUGAAACUGAAGAACAAAUAAAACAACGCAGAAAUAUACCUCUCGAGCUGCGUGUUAAGCCCUCGUGGAAGGAUAUUGAACGCGAACGGACAUUGCGAAAGGUUGCUACACGAGGUGUGGUUCAGUUGUUUAAUGCAGUUCGCAUCCAGCAAAAAGAUAUCCAGCAUCAAUUAGAUGCUGCAGGCCCAUUAGACAGUCGAAAAGAUGCUGUUUUAAACAACAUAAAUAAACGAAAAUUUUUAGAUGUGUUAAUGAGCGGAAAUCGAGCUAAAUCCGAAGCUGUUGACAAUCCUGUAAAAAAUGAGAGCUUGAAGGAAGAAGACAGCAGCGAAGAUGAUGAUCACAAUUCUUCCAACAGCAACAAAAAACGAAAAUCUGAAUGGAGUGUACUUCGAGAAGAUUUUAUGACAAAUAAAAAAAUUAAACACUGGGACGAAGAUGACGAAGAAAAUGAAAACGCGGAUAGGAAUUCUGAAAAUGAAGAAGAUAGCGCAGAUGAUUAAUUAUAUAAUUUCUUUUGGACGAAAAAAACGUGUUAUUUUACGUACAAAAUUUAUUUUUAUCAUAAACGUGGAUUCAUAAUUUUAAAACCUGAUUUUGUAGUGGUGAAAAAUAAAGAAUUUUUUAGGCAUGCAACAUUUUAACGGUGUUGUAAUACCGUGCAGUUGCUAAGAUGUA